UGUAUAAUAUACUGCAGCGGCACUGCGUCUUUAUUUGGUGCUAUACACUGCAACUGCAAAGGAGGAAGAAAAACAACGAAACCGAAGCAGAUCGAAUAGAGAAAAAAUGGGUUGGAUCGGAGACACCUUAGAUUCCGUCAAAUCAAUCCAGAUCCGCCAGCUCCUCACCCAGGCCGUCAGCCUUGGUAUGAUUGUUACAUCGGCCCUCAUAAUAUGGAAAGGAUUGAUGUGUGUCACUGGCAGUGAAUCGCCUGUUGUCGUCGUUCUUUCAGGAAGUAUGGAACCUGGCUUCAAGAGGGGGGAUAUUUUAUUCUUACACAUGAGUAAGGAUCCUAUCCGAGCAGGGGAGAUUGUGGUUUUUAACAUUGAUGGCCGUGAAAUCCCAAUUGUGCAUCGUGUAAUUAAGGUCCAUGAAAGGCAAGAUACUGGAGAAGUUGAUGUACUCACCAAAGGAGACAACAAUUAUGGGGAUGACAGGCUUUUAUAUGCUCAAGGUCAGCUCUAUCUUCAACGGCACCAUAUCAUGGGCAGAGCUGUAGGGUUCUUGCCUUAUGUUGGUUGGGUGACUAUAAUCAUGACCGAAAAGCCAAUUAUCAAGUAUAUUCUCAUCGGAGCAUUGGGGUUGCUUGUCAUAACUUCCAAAGACUGACAGUUGAA